CGCUGCACUGUAUACAAUCCCCUCCGCUGCGUUACUGGGUCAGUCUGUUCCCCGUGCCUCUCCCUAGUAGUCUAGAGGGAUGCAAACAGGUCAAGCUAAAGACUGGUUCGGGAAGCUGGGCGUUACAGCCGGUGGGAUAACGCGAAGAGCAGGACAAGCCCCUGCUUCUGUGUGCAAGGAAGGAGAUGAAGAGCGAUCGUUAAUAAUGACCCCCCCCUCCCCACCACACACGCCCACAGCUCUCACCAAGGGGCAGCGCGCUGCCAAAACCCCUUUCCCAGCUGGCAGAGCUGAUCAGCCCGCAGCAAGGGAGCGUGCGUGGGCGGCUGUGUGGGCAGCUGCCAGCGCGGAGCUGUGUGCGCUCCCAUGCCCAGGCGGGAGGGAGAGAGCCGCGGCCGCCGGAGGGGCGGAGAGAGCGGGCGCGAAGGCGGCGCUGCUGCUAGGAGGGGGUUUGACAUCAGUUCCCCUGUAGGAGUUUCAGUAAAUGCCACAAGCCGAAGGCGCGGAGCCCUGGGCGGCGGAGGAGGCUGCAGCUGCCCCCGGUGGGAGCCGACCCGCCUGCCAGGGGUGAGGCCGCCCCCGCCCCCCAUCGCGGACACCGCGCGGAGCAGAGCCUGGGCGCCCCGGGCGCAGGCAGCCCACCUCCCUGCCGUGCAUGCGGCUCUGGAUCUCCUUCCCCUGGGUGCCGGGCUGAGGCGGGCGGGGGCCCCCCGACCUCCCAGGCGAGCGACCAGUCCCCGCGGGGGGUCCCCUUGCGCCCGCUCCGGCCGGAGGCGGGGCGGCCCCCUUGGCCGGCCGGGGGGGCAGGAUGAGCGGCGGCCGCAGCGGCCGGGCGGCGGUGAAGAUGGAGGCCCCGUUCUACCCCGAGGAGGGGCUGGAGCUGCUGCCCGACUUCGUGCCGCUCCCCGGCUUCGGCAGCGGCCCCGGCGCAGGGGUGGAGGCGGCGGGGCACAAGCUGCUGCUCGGGGCCGGUAAGAAGCGGGAGAUGGCGGCGGGGGCGGCCGCCUCCCCCUCGGCGCUGCCGGGGUCCUACACACUGCGGCCGCCCGGCGGCACCCGGAGCGGCGCGGCGCUCAGGCUCAUCCCCGCCGCGGCGCCCCCGGGCUCGGCAGCGGGGGGAGGAGCCGGCGGCAGGGGCGGCCCGGAGGCGGCUCUGUUGGCGGCCGGGUCCCCUGCGGAGCUGCCGCUGCUGAAGCUGCCGCCCGCGGCGGACCUGGAGCAGCUGCUGAUCCAAGGCAGCCCCGGCCUGGGCCCCGCCAGCCCCUGCCCCGCCGCCGCCCCGCCCCCCGCGGCCGGGCCCUUCCUCUACCGCCAGCAGGUGACGCAGGAGCAGGAGGGAUUCGCCGACGGCUUCGUCAAGGCCCUGGCCGACCUGCACAAGCAGAACCAGCUGCUGGGGGCGCCGCUCUCCCCGGGGCCCUGCCGGCCCGCCGCCGACCCGCCCGCCGUCUACACCACCCUCGGCAGCUUCAACCCGGCCGGGCCGCUCAGCCCCGCGGGCGGCGCCUACUCCGCCGCCCCGCCGGGCCUGCCCUUCCCCGCCCCCGCCCCGCCGGGGCUGGGCAGCGGCCGCCUCCCCGCUCCCGGCGCCGCCAGGGCCCUGGAGGAGCCGCAGACUGUGCCCGAGGCGCCUCCGCCGGGCGAGGCGGGCAGCAGCGCCCCGACGCCGCCCUCGCUGUCGCCGCUGGACGCGGAGAGCCAGGAGCGGCUGAAGGCCGAGCGGAAGCGGCUGCGGAACCGCAUCGCGGCCUCCAAGUGCCGGCGGCGGAAGCUGGAGCGGAUCGCGCGGCUGGAGGAGAAGGUGAAGGCGCUGAAGGGGCAGAACGCCGAGCUGGCCGCCACCGCCAGCCUCCUGCGGGCCCAGGUCACCCAGCUGCAGGGCCGCGUCCGCAGCCACCUCUCCAGCGGCUGCCACAUCAGCGCCGCGGGCGCGCCCGCCCCGCCGCCGCCAGAGGGCGCCGCCGAGCCCGCCGCGCCGGAGACCAGCGCCUGCUGAAGCCGCGGCCGGAGCGGGACAGAGACUGCCCGGGAGAGGGGCCCAGCCGAGACCGAGGGGGCCCGGGCCCAGCCCCGCGCCUCAGAAACGUGCACUCGUCGCUGCCCGGAGACUGAAAGCGGAGCCGGGGACGGGAGCGGCCCCGAAAACACGUGCGAGUCUCGCGUGCCCCCCUGCCGGGGAGGAGCCAGAGGCCACCGGCCCCAGGCGCUGCCGCGGCGGCGAACGAAAGAUCGUCGAGUUUCCAGAGUCGUCUUCAAAUAUUCCGGAGUCGGUUGGGGAUUUGAUUGUGGGGGUAGCACUAGAACAUUGCAGGGAAAAAAAUAGGGAUUCAAAGGUUAGGGAUUAUUGACCAAUAGAGAAUUUUAAGUACCUAGAUUGAAGGUCCGUCUUUAUUUAUUGAUGCCUGGAAAGGAAGCAAAGUACAGAAGUCGGGUAGUAAAUGUCUUGUAAGGUAUAUUUAUGUUGCACUGAGUACAAAAGAUUUCUAUAUUGGGUAUUUAACUUUUAAAGCUGACUUCAAGAGAAAUUCCUACACUUCAAAGUGAAGAGUGGGCGUUGUUUUUCAAAGUUCCAGUGAAGAACUUGAGAGAUCUGUAAAGAGUUCAGAACUAAAAUUACCCGUUUACAGAAAGUCAACUUUAUUUCCCUGCAAAAGGCGUAAUUCCCAAUACACCUUAAUAUAGUGUGUAGUGAUGGUUCAAUAUGUUUAUUCAGAGCUUGAAAAGAAGCUAAAAUUAUACAUUUUUUUAAAAAAAUGUGUGUGUAUAUAAAACAAAAUGUGGCUAUGGUAUUUCUUGGUAUUGAGAGGAAUUUUUUAAAAAAAGAUUGUUUUGCUGCAGAGUAGCUUUUAAUUUGCAGCUGGCAGUUAAGACAUGCAAGUAAAGCACUUGAAUGGGUCUGGUUUUAAAAUCUAGCCUUAGUUGAUAGAGAUUCUGCCAGGUAACAGGUUAGAAUGAACCAUAUUUAAUUACAGAUUCAACUGUAAGAAAAUACUCUUAUAGAUCAUAAGCUCCAUAUUAUUUCUUGUGCUAGUGCAAACUUGGAGCAUUGGUAUAUAUAUUUAUUUAUUGAAACUUUGAAACUUUUUGGAUGUCACCUAAACUUUAUUUUUAUAGCAAACGCAUACUAGUGGAAGAAAUUAAUUUGGCAGAAGAGUGUCAUUUAUGCCUUUUCUUUCACUGUGCACAUUCCAGUUCUGCUUGCUGUUUAUGGGGUAUAGUAGCAAUUCAAUGCUACCCAGAAAAGGGCUCAGAUUGUUUUUUAGCUCUAACAGUUAUUAUGGUAACUCCAUUGUAUUAUGUUUGAAUAAAUCAUAAAAACAUAAUGGAGAACUAGAUUUAUUUUUUCAGAAGAAAUAUGUAAAUAAUAUUUUCUUGUUCUAUUUUAUUCUAAAGACAUUUUUCUAGUUGUUUAGGGAGAGGAAGAGUCAAAAGUCAGAAUGUGAGAUGAGUUUCUGGGUGGAAGAGUCUGUUGUGAUUUAUUUAUUUUUGCCGAGAUUUUACUAAUAGGGGAUAGGAAAGGAAUGGUUUUCUCUGCUUAGACUUAAUCCUUGCUUUUUGGGAUUCUCUGGAUAAAUAGCAAAGACCAUGUUAUGGGCAGAUUUUGCUUUUUUACUACCCUUUGAUAUGCAUGUUUUGAGCACUUCUGCAAAUCAAGGUUUAUUCAGUCUUGUGGCUUGGUACAAUUACAUUUUCACUUUCAGCAUGAACUCUAAAGGUUCACUCAACAAGAAACCCUGUCUUUGCUUAGGCCCUGAUCCUGGAUCUGCCCAUACUCCAAACUGCUGAAGUCAGUGGAGCUCAGCAUGAGCAGAUCCAGUUGCAGGAUGGGGCCCAGCAUAGUCUUUGAAAAUAUCUUAAUUGAUAUAGUUUGUUUUAUAAGCAUGAUCAAUUAAACGAAUUCCGUAACUGUUUUAUAUCAUCCAUGUCCUCUUCUGAAAGCGACUUCAGCUAUGCUUUCAAAUGCAUGAAGGGGAAUUGAUAUGCAUACAAUGUUUUUUACUUGUGAGCGGGUUAAUUUAAAAUAGCAUAGCUGUAAAUGUAAACUGUGUGAGGCUUCACCUUGUCAGGCCUGGGACACACACUUAGCACAGAUGAUUUCAAUGAGUAGUGGAGAUGCAAACCACGUUAAUCAUUUAAAAACUGAGUAAAGUUGUAGCAUAGCCAGAGCCAAAAUGAAUGAUUUCAACGAUAGCCUAAAACUCCCUUCUUCUGUCCUAAGAAUUGUGUAUUAGAAAUACUAGCGAACAAAUG